AUGAACAGACUGGGGAAUAGACAGAGCAGAGCAGUUUGGAAGAACCAGGAUGGUGGCCGUCAGACCAAUAACCCAUACGCCACCAACAACAACAACUUGACCCGCACAGAAACCAAUAGAAGUUAUGUUUCAAUGAAGGAAGCAGCAGCUGGCGGAGGAGUACCACCACGGCCACCAGGAGGACCCAGCUCUAAUCUGUUACAGGUCCCAAAUCCGUAUGGUAACAUGAACAAUGCAAAUGGACUUCUGAAACAGAAUAGAAGGAUGAGUAUCCACUAUGCUGCCCAUCAGCAUGGACGUUCGUUUUCACAAUCUGGAGGUGCGCCACCACCGUUGCCUGUAUUGCCGUCUGGUCUCAAUGCCUCAGGGAGAGGUGAGGACAAGCCAUUAUCUAUUGAGCAAAAGAUUUUCAAAGAGUUGGGACAUGGGUCAGCGGCCGAAGUUGACGAUUACUACAAAACAUUAAAGAAACAAAACCAAUUGAUCACCAGAGAUAUCAAAGAGAAUAUCAACCAGAACCAGAAAAACAUUUUGCAAUUGACUAAAGAUUUGAAAGAGACGCAAGAGGAAUUGGUGAAUAUGAGAGUGACUGCCAAGGACUUGUUUGAAGUGCUUGAUGAUUUCAGAGACGCUGCUGAACGUCGACUAAAAUUGGAGUUUGAUGCGCCUCAGCAACAACAACAGCAGCAACAACAACAACAGCACCACCCACAUCUGCCUACCAAACAACUGCAAUUACGCCCUUCUAAAAACCAAAAAGACCGUUCAUCUAUACUUGUACUUGAGAAAAUGUGGGCCAAAGAGAUUCAAUCUUUGUUUAAGCAUGUUGAAGGAGCAUCUAAAUUCAUUCAGCCAAUUCCAGGUAGACAUGUUUUAGCAGAGAGUGGGAGAUGGCAUGAAGUUAAUGUGGGUACAUGGAAACCUAGUCAUGCAGGACAUUUAUUCAUUUUGAAUGAUUUGAUCUUGAUUGCUACUAGAAAACCUAGUGGCAGUGGCGCAGGCGGUGGCACAGGCGGUGGCACAGGCGGUGGUGGCCAUCCUAACUUGAGCGACAAGUCCACGACUGAUGCGAAAGGUGGUAGCAAACUACAAGCUAUACAAUGUUUACCCUUGAUUCAAGUGUCGAUCAAUCAAGUCAAGCCACCUAAAAGUGAUAACUCGUUAUACUUUAUCAAUAUCAAGACCAAGUCACUCAGCUACGUCUACUCAACUGACCGGUACGAUCAUCUAGUUAAAAUAGUUGAUGCAUUCAACAAGGGAAAGAAUGAAGUAGUCCACGCCAAGAGAUUGGAAAACGGCAGCAAGAAUGUAGACAAUGAUGGCAAUGAAACAAAAGAGGAAAAGCGUCAAUUGCGAGAAACACUUCGACGUUCUGGGUCGUACAACGACGGUCAAGGUCUUGUUGAAGAUCAAGGUAAGCGUAUCAGUGGUCCCGGUGGAAUGGCUAGUCCCACGCGUACCUCCAACUCACACAAGAGGUCGUCGUCCGAUUUUGUUUUGGAUGAUAUUAGUGCCCGAGUCCACUCCAGGAAUCGGUCACAAGAUAUGGGUCAAGCAAUGUCAAUGCCCGGUAAUGGGAACGCGGGACAAAAAUCGCUGUUGUUCAAUGAAAUCAAACGAGUUGAGGAUAAAUUGGAUGAUGUGGACGUCUACACAUCUCAAAACGAGUAUGUCAAAGCAGUUGAAUCGUUGAAUGGAAUCGAAGCUAGAAUUCGUGGUAUUGAAAACAAAAUCACCAAGCAGAAAUCGCAAUCCGGAUAUGAUGUGGGUGACGAAGUCUUGUUACUCGAUGUCUCGAAAUUGAAAAUCUCGAACCGGAAACAAGAUUUGACCAAAAAUUUGCUAUUUGACUUGCAGAAUAACAUUUCACGGCUCUCACCAACGGCUGUGGGCGAUAUACUUCAUUUAUUUGAUGCUUUGAAUCAAUUGCAAACUGGAAUCCAGGCCUAUUUGAACUCAACGUCGCUCUACCUUUCCACUAUGGUUUCCAGAUUGAUUGUGGGUUUGCAAGGAAGUACCAAAGUUGAUGUUGUCAACUACUUGUCCAAUUUGGUAGUCGUUAACGUUGCGAUUGUAAAGAGAACUGUGGAGACAUACAAUACCGAGAUUAAAGCUAUUGUUGAACAAAGCCCGCAAAACAGUAAUGUUGACUCCUCGGGGUUGGUGGAUUGGUGUGCUGAUGAAUUCGGCAAGUUGUUUAAACAAAUUAAAAAGCAUUUGUACGGGACAUUGUUGAUUGUGGAGAGUCAAAUGGAGGAAGAGGACGAUGGGUUAGGAGUGGUUCAUGUACAAUAUAGAGUCAAGGAUGAAAACUUGUAUGAACAAUUUGCAAAGGUGUUGGAGACCCAAUUGGAUGAAUUAAAGAGAGUUGGCGUGAAUGUUGAUUUCAUUUUCGAUUCGAUAUUGAACAUCAAGCAGACUACAUCGUUGUAG